AUGUCUUGCCAGCAAAACCAGCAGCAGUGCCAGCCCCCUCCCAAGUGUCCUCCCAAGUGUACCCCAAAAUGUCCACCUAAGUGUCCCCCCAAAUGCCCACCCCAGUGCCCAGCUCCAUGUUCCCCCGCAGUCUCUUCCUGCUGUGGUCCCAGCUCUGGGGGUUGCUGCAGUUCUGGGAGUGGUGGCUGCUGCGUGAGCCACCACAGGCCCCGCCUCUUCCACAGGCGCCGGCACCAGAGCCCAGAUUGCUGUGAGAGUGAACCUUCUGGGGGCUCUGGCUGCUGCCACAGCUCUGGGGGCUGCUGCUGACCUGGUCUUCAGAGGAGCUCUUGGGACUGAAUGGUCAAGAACCUGCUGCAGCCUGAUAGAUAUGCUUUCUGCUUCCUCUCAUUCCAUUCAUUGGUGUGCAGAGACCACAAAGACUCAUGGGGCUUCCCUGAAAUAACUUCGUGCUUGAUGGAGCACCCCAAUUGUAGUCUUCUUUUUCUCCUUU